AAGGCCCAGCGCCGCGCGGCUGUGCAGCCCCAGGCCUCCAUGGAGGUGGCGCAGCUGGCUGGCGAGGCCGGCUUCAUCUUCGGCGUGUCUGGCGUGAUGGUCGGCAUCACCCUGAUCGGCCUGGCGUUCGGCUUUGUGCUGCUGCGUGUGGAGUCGCUUGCUGAGGAGGGCAAGGUG